AUGAGCAAUUACGGGGCUGAGAACCCGUACUAUGGUGGUGGUGGAGGGGGAUUCGUUUCUGGUGGAUCACCCUAUGGGAGUCAAGGAUCCCAAGAUGGGGCUAAGAAGAAUCGUUCAAAUCAAACGCUUCGACCAGUGACGAUCAAACAGAUAUUGGAAGCUGAUCAAGCUCAUCCAAGUGCAGACUUUACCAUUGAUGGGCAGGAAGUGGGAUCGAUUCUCGUGGUUGGCUCGGUCCGCAACAGCAACAAUUCAGCGACUAAAGUUUCGUACGAAGUGGGCGAUGGAACGGGAUAUAUCGAUGUGAAUCAAUGGCUGGAUACGGCAGAUGAUGAAGGAGGCAAGAUGGACGGUAUCUCUCAAGACAAGUAUGUCAGUAUCCUCGGUUCUAUCAAGGUCUUUGGAGGCAAGCGUCAGAUCUCGGCGACUCAUAUUCGACCUAUCACGAAUCACGACGAAGUGUUCAAUCACCUUCUCAAGGCAGUUUAUGUGAGCAUGACAGUGAGGUAUCCGAACGGUGUGCCGAACGACGGAGGAGCAAGAGGAGCAGGAGGAGCCGUGGCGAACGAUUACUCUGCUGGGACUACCAAUGGAGCCGAUUCAUCUGCGUGGGCUGGCUUGCCACCUCUUCAACGGAAGAUCAUGGAGAUUGUCGCCGCAGAUGAUACGGAUGAAGGCAUUCACGUGGCCACUGUGACUCGACAGAUGGGCAACGUCAACGUGGACGAAGUGACCAAUGCGAUUGAAAAGCUGAUGGAUGAUGGACAACUCUAUCCGACGCAUGAUGAAUUUCACGUCAAAGCAGUGUACUAG